UGUGUGUAGCAACUCGAACAAAGAAAGUGACCUCUUUCUAAAGUUGCGAAAAGAAGUAAGUAAUUAAAAUGGCUAAAUUUGGCUAUUUGGGUAAUUUUGUAUUGUUCUGUAUUCUACUAGGAAUAGUGGGUUGUGGCAAUGCUCAGUUACAGCUUAACUUCUAUGCAAAGAGCUGUCCACAAGCAGAAAAGAUAAUUCAAGAUUAUGUGCAAAAGCACAUCCCAAAUGCUCCAUCUGAUGCAGCUGCCUUGCUGAGGCUGCAGUUCCACGAUUGCUUUGUCAGGGGUUGUGAUGCUUCUGUACUCCUGAAUUUCACUUCGAGCACGAAAAACCAGACUGAAAAAGUGGCUGUUCCUAAUCAAACGCUGAGAGGCUUCUCCUUCAUAGAUGGUGUGAAGAAAGCAGUUGAAGCUGAAUGUCCUGGAGUUGUCUCAUGUGCAGAUAUUGUUGCCUUGGUUGCUAGAGACUCUGUUGUGGUCACAGGAGGCCCUUACUGGAAUGUUCCAACUGGUAGAAGAGAUGGAAGAAUAUCAAACGCCUCCGAAGCCUUGGCUAACAUUCCUCCGCCAACUAGUAACUUUUCCAGUCUCCAAACCUCUUUUGCCGGCAAGGGUCUUGACCUAAAAGACUUGAUCCUAUUGUCUGGUGCGCAUACCAUUGGAGUCUCCCACUGUCCCUCAUUUUCAUCACGUUUAUACAAUUUCACCGGAGUUUGGGGCAAACAAGAUCCAUCUCUAGACAGAAUAUAUGCAGCUAAUCUUAAGAUGAAAUGCAAAUCAAUCAAUGACAAUACCACAAUUGUUGAAAUGGAUCCUGGUAGUUCCAGUAAAUUUGAUCUUAGUUACUAUCAGCUUGUGCUCAAGAGAAAAGGGUUAUUCCAAUCUGAUGCAGCCUUGACAACAAGUGCGACAACAAAGUCAUACAUCAACCAGCUGGUACAAGGAUCACUCCAACAAUUUAAUGCUGAAUUUGGUCUAGCCAUGGAGAAAAUGGGCAGGAUUCAAGUCAAAACCGGCUCUGCUGGCGAGAUUAGGAAGCACUGUGCAGCUGUGAAUACUUAAGAGCAGUCUUUUCCCUUUGUUCACAGCUUCCAAAUAUUUUGUGUGUAACAUUGGUGUGAAUGAUUCGGGAUAACAUGUAUCAUUUCUUUUUGUAGUUAUUCCAAUUUGUUCUUGUAUAUUCAUGGUUUUCUUGAAAUAAAACUAAGAUUCCCAGA